CCCGCGCCGCGGCCUCUCUGGAGAUUCGGGACCUCCGAACCUGUUUAGUUUGCCGCAUUCCGGGCCGACACAGCGAAGAGAUCAGACCCUCUCUGGAUGGCCUGGGCGGAGGAAGCUUUGCCGGUUUGCUGCAGCUGCAGCACGCUCCUCAUUCACCUCUGUCUGUCGGCAUAGUGGCCACCUCAUUUCACAGUGGUGGCCGGGAUCAGCUCCAAAUUCUAUCUCUAAAAGCACCUUGGAUCCCAGUCUUACAAUGGCUACAAGACAACCAGAAGUGCCUGCCCUUGGGCCUAGUGGGCCUUUAGGCAAGAUGUCACUGCCCGUCGGGAUGUGCCGCCGGGCGUUCAGCUAUGACGAUGCCCUGGAAGAGCCCGCGCCCAUGACCCCUCCCCCAUCGGACAUGGGCAGCAUCCCCUGGAAGCCAGUGAUCCCUGAGCGCAAGUACCAGCUCCUCGCCAAGGAAGAGGGAGACGCCAGUGUGUCCCCCCCGGCCGAGGCCACUGAGGGUGCCGACAAGGUCCCGGUGGUGAAGGCUAAGGCCACCCAUGUCAUCAUGAAUUCUCUGAUCACAAAACAGACCCAGGAGAACAUCCAGCGUUUUGAGCAACAGGCAGGGCUGAGAGAUGCCGGCUACACACCGCACAAGGGCCUCACCACGGAGGAGACCAAGUACCUCCGAGGGGCAGAGGCGCUCCAUAAACUGAAGCUGCAGAGCGGGGACCUAACAAGAGAAGAAAAGCAGCCCGCCUCAGCCCAGUCCACCCCGACCAGCACCCCCCAGUCUUCCCCUAAGCACAAGCCCAGGUGGUUCACCUCUGCAUCCUCCAUAGCCCUGCCUGGCCCGAAUCCUAGCACCAUGGAUCCCGGAAGUGGGGAUAAGGACAGAAACAUGGCGGAUAAGUGGAGUCUCUUUGGACCAAGACCUCUGCAGAAGUCCGACUCCGGAGGUUUCACCCUCCAGGCCUACAAAGGGGCGCAGAAGCCCACCCCCAUGGAGCUGAUCCGUGCCCAGGCCACCCGAUCAGCCACCUGCAAGCCCCCCAAGAUGGACACCCCCGUGACAGAAGGGAAAAAGCCACCACCACCUCCACGGACCCACACUCUCAAACCCCGAGACUUCAACGUGCUCACGCCCACUGGCUUUUAGUGCACUCCCUUGUCCCUGGA